CCGAAAUUUUAGAAUUCCGCAUUUCUUCUUCAUGUGCACUGCAAAAACCCUAUAUUCUGCGAAGUAUAAACAUUGAGUCGUUUAUUUCAGACUGAGGGAACAUACUCAAGAGUCUAAAAAAUGCUAAUCAAGGUGAAGACGUUGACUGGAAAAGAGAUUGAAAUUGACAUUGAGCCAACAGACAAGGUCGAAAGAAUAAAAGAAAGAGUUGAAGAAAAAGAGGGAAUACCACCUCCGCAGCAAAGAUUAAUUUUUAGUGGAAAACAAAUGAACGACGAGAAAACCGCACUAGACUACAAAAUCCAAGGAGGAUCAGUCCUACACUUGGUUCUUGCGCUAAGGGGUGGCAUCCGUUGAUGGCAAUUUUGCUUGAAAGGCAAAUAUGUACUGAAUUGUAGAAGUGUCAUAGGCAGGUAUAAUUGUUAUGCAAGUACUUUUAUUCAUUCAAAAACAUUAAGAUGUGAAAGAAAUGAAAAACUAAUUGUAAAAUUGUUAAGGACAGGAGCCAAUAUCAUUAAAAUUGUUGCCAGCUGUUGUUUAAA